AUGGCGGCAUCUCUGUUCACCUACUCAUCAACAUCUCGAAGAGUCACUCCUGCCCCAAACUCUCCUCCACUUCCAAUUCACAUCAAGGCCACCAAUGUCGUAUUCAACCCUGACAUUCCAGAGGUUCAUCGAGGUCUUGGACUCGAUGAUUUCGUCAAUUUCUUGACUUCUUGCCGCCUCCGAUACGCAAUCAGUGACGUACCAUCCGAGUUCUUCCCUGAACAAGUAUGUGAGUUUUACUAUACUGCAACAGUUAAUGAAGAAAACAAUGCCAUCACCGGAACAAUUGGCCAUGGCAGACACUCCGUCUUUAUCACUGCAGAGCUUCUCAGCGCUGCUUUACGAUUACCUCUGUUCGAACCUUUUUCUGAACCCCAACUAUUGAAAGAUGUAAACGCAUGUUUGAUCAACUGGGCUAUGAUCAUUCAAAGGCUGCUUGUUCAACUUCUACGUGCAAAUGUGCGUGCUGAUCAUGUUCCCUUUCCUCGCUGGAUUGCCCUGGUGUUCGACAAAUUCUUCGCUGCUGAUUAUUUUUCUCACUCUGGGAAUCCAAUCCAAUGCCCUCGCAUGUCCGUUCGCAUGUAUCAGGAUGAUCCUUUGGAUUCAGACAUUGGGAUCUCAGAUAGGAUGAGAGAAUGGAUUGCUCAUCCAUACACUAUGCCUUCUCUCUCAGCUGAUACUGAUGAAGGAGGUGUUGAUGGUGAUCAUGUGGAUCAUGCUGAUCAAGAAGUGGAUCGUUAUGAUGGCGGCCAUUCCUCCCCUCCACCUUCUCCUCACCUUACCCUGUCACUGGUCCUGCCUCCUCAGCUCCACAGGAUCCCAUGUCUCAAGGGGAGCAACCAUCUCAGGGGGAUCAUCAGUCUCAGGGGGAGCAUUCUUCUCAAGGGAUGCCUCACUCUCCGGGGGAGCAUUCAUCCCCAGCAGCUCGCCACUUCUCUCCAAGGAUGCAAUCCAGCUUUCCAGUUGCUCCAGCGUCUGCUUAAUAUUGAGGCUGAUGUUCAGCAAAUCAAGGAGGUUCUUUUACUUACUCCUGCUUCUCGUCCCAUAUCCAAUGAUGUUCAAAAAGGGGGAGAUACUGAUGAUCACGCUGAUGAUCAUGCUGAUAGCGAUCAAAAUGCUCAUGAUGAUGAAGAUCAAAAUGAAAAAGACACAGCAACUGGUGACAACACUAUUCUUCAGCAUGACUCACUCAACCCCGUUGAAGAAGCUGAUCCUGCGGGACAUGAUAGUCCAGCAGCUACUGAAAGGUUAUCUGAUGAUAGUGAGCAUAAUGAUGAACACGAAUCUGAUUCUGCGGGGCAUAGUAGUCCAGCAGCCACUGAGAAAUUAUUUGAAGAUAGUGAUGAUGACGAAGAGCGUGAUGAACCUGAUGAUGAAUGUCAAAUUUUUGACAUGAACUUUAUUGAUCCUCUCAUUCCAGUUCAGCAAGAAAGCUUAGAUGAUCUUGAAGAAUCUAUUCCGAUACUUGCCGAUCCUAUUGCUGAUUCAAUCAUUCCGGUCCAAGGAGAAGAUUCGGACAUUGCCAGUGAAGAAUCUCAUCCGUUGUCUCGAAAGCGGAAAGGCUCAGUCUUCUCAACCUCCUCCUAG